AUGGCCGCCGCCGCCACAGCUAUGGCUGUCGAUGCCAAAUCCUUCUCAUCAGAACCUCCACCAACCCGCCACAAGCUUGAAAACGACCCGUCCUCCCCCGACGACGAUCUCUACUCCUGCUUCAAAUCGCUCCAGCGCCAGAACGAGUUCACCGAAAUACAGGACGAGUACGUCAAGGACGAGGUGAAGAACCUCCGCCGCGAGCUCCUGCGGUCACAGGAGGAGGUGACGAGGAUCCAGUCGGUUCCGCUGGUCAUCGGUCAGUUCAUGGAGAUGAUAGACCAGAACAACGCCAUCGUCGGGUCCACCACCGGGUCGAAUUACUACGUUCGGAUCCUGAGCACAAUCAACCGCGAGCUCCUCAAGCCAUCCGCCUCCGUUGCGCUUCGCCCUUUUGUUAAUUGUUCUUUUGUCUCGGGAAUUGCGGAGCUUGGCUUUGAUUUGGAUAUUGGAGGAUGUGAUAUUCAAAAGCAAGAAAUACGGGAAGCUGUAGAAUUGCCCUUAACUCAUCAUGAGCUGUAUCAACAGAUUGGCAUCGAUCCUCCUCGCGGUGUCUUGCUCUAUGGUCCACCUGGCACUGGAAAAACCAUGCUUGCAAAAGCCGUUGCUCAUCACACUACUGCAUCCUUCAUUAGAGUUGUUGGCUCAGAGUUUGUUCAGAAAUACUUGGGAGAGGGUCCGCGGAUGGUUCGUGAUGUUUUCCGUCUCGCGAAAGAAAAUGCUCCGGCCAUUAUUUUCGUCGACGAGGUAGAUGCAAUUGCUACUGCUAGGUUUGAUGCUCAAACCGGAGCUGACAGAGAGGUUCAACGAAUUCUCAUGGAGUUGCUGAAUCAGAUGGAUGGAUUUGAUCAAACCGUUAACGUGAAGGUUAUCAUGGCAACAAAUAGGGCCGACACAUUGGAUCCUGCCCUUCUUCGUCCUGGAAGAUUAGAUCGUAAGAUUGAGUUCCCAUUGCCAGACAGGCGCCAAAAAAGGCUCGUCUUUCAGGUUUGCACUGCUAAGAUGAACUUGAGCGAUGAGGUGGAUUUGGAGGACUAUGUCUCUCGCCCAGACAAAAUCAGUGCUGCUGAGAUUGCGGCUAUAUGCCAGGAGGCAGGUAUGCUUGCUGUUAGGAAGAACCGGUACGUAAUACUCCCCAAAGAUUUCGAGAAGGGUUACAGAUCUAACGUGAAGAAACCUGACACAGAUUUUGAAUUCUACAACAACAACAAACCCCACGCCCGUCCCCCCAUCUCCGACUUCGACGCCGAGUCCCAAUUCUCCUCCGCCGCCUCCUCUGGCGGCACCACUACCGCCAGCCGCCGCCGCCGCCACCUCUGCGGCUCGUGCUGCGCGUGCGCCUCGAUCGCAACAGCCGUCCUCCUCGCCGUGGCCCUCCUCGGCGGCGGCAUCUACUUCGCCUUCCUCCAGUCGAACCUCCCGGAGGUCCGGUUCCAGCGGCUGGACGUCAGCAACAUCACGACCGACGGGGAGACGCUGACGGCGGCGUCGUUCGACGCGCGCCUCAACGCCACCAACGGGAGCGGGCGGGUCGAGCUCCGGUACGUCGAGAUGACGGCGGAGGUCUUGUCGGAGGGGAUCGAGUUCCCGGGGGUGCGGCUUCCGGACAUUCGGCAGUCGCCGCACGGGACGUCGGAGAUCAGGGUGAGGGCGGCGGCGCGAAGGAUGGUCGUGGAGGAGGCGGCCGGGAAGGACCUCAAGGAGAAGGCGGCGAUGAGGGUGCUGGUGGUGAGCGUGGUGGUCAGGGGACGGAUAUCGUACCAUUUCGGAGGGAGGCAGAUCGACGGCCUGCCGUUCAAGCUGAUCAGAGCCGACAGACAACAAUGCUAAGAGUUGGGUUAGAAAAUAUGUUACAUGGCGAUAUAUAUUAAAUGUUAACACAAUAGCGUCGUGUUAAUUCAUGUUACUUCACAUCUUUUGGAUGAAUUUUAUUGGUAAAUUUAUUUGUCUAUUUAUUUAUUUUUCAUGUGGGUUUAAUUUCAGUUUUGUAUUUA